UCCUCAGGCUCUCGGUACGGGAUGCCGAUCGACAUGUGGUCUCUGGGCUGCAUCCUGUCGGAGCUGCUGACGGGUUACCCUCUGCUGCCGGGCGAGGACGAGUCGGACCAGCUGUCCUGCAUCAUGGAGCUGCUCGGCAUGCCGGCCCAGAAGCUCCUGGACGCCUCCAAGAGGGCCAAGAACUUCGUCUCCUCCAAAGGUUUCCCGCGAUACUGCACCGUCACCACGCUGCCCGACGGCACCACGGUUCUCAACGCGGGGCGAUCGAGGCGAGGAAAAGUCAGAGGAACGCCGGGAAGCAAAGAGUUCAGCACGGCGUUAAAAGGAUGUGACGAUCCGUUGUUUCUUGACUUCCUGAAACAGUGUCUUGAGUGGGAUCCGGCGCUCAGAAUGACUCCGAGUCAAGCGUUGAGGCAUCCGUGGCUCAGGAGAAGACUCCCCAAACCACCGACAACAAUGACGGCGGGGAUUUCUGAUAAAACGCCCGUCGGGAAAAGCGCCAUAACCUCCAUUUCCAAACUCGCUGCAACAACCACUUCCUCCACCACCGUCUCCGUCUCCUCCUCCUCCAAAACCAGGACUAAUUUGGCGGCGAUUACCGACGCCAACGGGAACAUUCAGCCGAGAACGGUGCUGCCGAAACUGGUCAGCUGAGAGUGAACGCACCCCGAGGGAUUGAAAUAAAGAAAGUCCAGUUUUUUGAGGAGUUUCUCUAAACGCUGGAGACUAAGCGUCGUCUGGGUUUUAGGCUGCGAUGUGAAGCCUCGCUCUGGAGGGUAAACUGGGGUGCGUUCAGAAAAAAAGAAAAGACUCAUUGUGAGCGAGCAGCGAAACAGGAAGUGACCACACGACAAUCACUCUGUAGCUCCAAACACUCAAACACAUCACAAAACAUGGUGCUGACGGAGGGAACAAGGCUUUUUUAAUGUUUUUAACACAGAAUCUAUUUAGUGAUUAAUCGACACCAAAAACUACUUUUUAUCCUCUUAGUCUUACAAGGUCAUAUCUGCGGACAGUAAUAUUUAACGUGCUUUACUUACAUAAAAGUCUGAUAUUUCCUUGUAAAACUAAAAUAAUCUUUGUCUCGUCAUAUCUUUAUGAAAUCCUCUUUUGUUACGCUUCAGUUUGGGGCAUUUGUUAGUACUUUUAACUUAAAAAAAUACACAAUUAAAUCCAAACUGAAGCAUCUACCUGUUAGCUGGCUAACGAUCUUAGCUAGCUGUGUUAGCGUGCUAGUUUUGUGCCUGUCAGCUGGCUAAUAACCACGGGUUAGUUGUUAGACAGCUUUAUAUUUGUGUUUAGGUGUCACUUUAAUACCUUUUUACGAACUUUUAAAUCAGUCAGCUAGCUCCAGCUGGCUAACUGUUUGCCUUGUUUGGCAGUCUGGUGGCUAGCCUUAGCCUUUUGUUAGCCAUAGCCUGUUAGCUCUCCACUGCCCGGCCUUACGAAGCACAGAUUAUUUUAUGUCGUUUUAUUUUCUGAAGGUUAGCAGAAAGAGAGAAGACACAGUAUGCUCUGGUGAAGUAUUUUGUCCCCUCUUUGAUUCUCAAAUCUGAUUAUUUAAGGAGGCAAAAUGGCUGAAGGGAAGCAAAUGGAGAAGGAGGAGGAAGAGCUAAGUUUUAAAUAACGUUUAAAAUCUAAAGGGCUCUGAUACAAAAAACAACAACAACCGAAGUCUGGAUGAUAAAACUGUGGCUGCAGAACGAGCUGAGAUUAUAAUUAAACAAAGUGAAUUAUUUCUGAUCCAGGAAAUGUAUAUUAAUAUAUUUAACCAGUCGUGAAAGCAAGGAUAAAGACAAGGCAUUGUGAGUUUAAAAAUACAAAAUGAAGGAGGCGGGCGAAGUGUUGAGAAUAUAAAACUAAGAUAUGGUUUAUAUUUAACAUUAAAAAAAACAAGUUUUUAUAAGCAGGCAAAUUAUUUUAUAAUUCUCUGAAAUUUAUAAAAUGUUUGUGGUAAAGUUAGCUAUUUUAAAAAAGUGAAUACCCGGCCUAAGUAAAACAAAAAAUCUGCCAUUUAAAACAUUUUAUUUACAAGAAAAAAAUCCCACAUUUCUGUUAAAAUUAUCUAGAAAUUCAAGAAAUAAAUAAAAUGUUAAGUCUCAAAUAAUGACAUGUUCUCCGCCCUGGCCUUUGUAAUGAUUUGUAACCGCAUGAACCCAAACAUUGGAUCAGAAAGCUAAAACAAGAGAAGAUCAUUCAGGAUCAAUUAUUAGUACUUGAAAUGAUAUAAACCGGAAAGAAAAAUGAAUAAUUAUCCAAAGAAAAUCCGCUAAUUAAACUUCAGAAGCAGAUUUCCAGACACACAGAAAUCCCCAAAUAUAACUAUAUAUAAAUACUUUGCAUAACGUCUCAACACAGAGCCGUGUGUGUUCGAAUCCAAGUGUGGAGGAAAAGUCGUUAAUCGAUGAAAUCAAGUCUGUUUCGCCGUGUCUGAAUGACGGCGGCGUGUCUUACGACGGGUCUUUGUGUAACCGGAGCCGGGAAGCAGAUUUAGCCUGAAGGUAGAGAAGAGGUCAGCUGUUUAUAUCCUCACGUCAUUAAGAGUGAAGCAGGAGAUUCAGGCGAGGACACGUCCUUUUUAUUUGGAUAAAAAGCCUCGUGACGGAGACGGACGAGGCUCUCGUUUCAAUUCAGGGUUUCAGGGAGAGGAUUUAGACCCUAAACAUAUCCACCACACUUCAAAUUAAAUAAUAGUGUGUAAAGGGCUCCAGUCCCAUCAGUGUGUGUUGUUGUGAUACAGCGUUUUAUGGCGUCAAAAUGUGUAGAAAGUUCACACAGAUUGUGGCUUUAAAUUCAAUACAAAAGGAUUAAAGGGGUCUUAUAGACACAAAUAUAAGAUUAUAAACGUGUACAAAAUGAAAAGCAUCACUCAGCUGUCACACAAUAAUAAUUUGAUAAAAUGACCUGCAUAAUCAAUCAAAUAAUACUUCAAUUAAAUCAACAUAG